AUGAGCAUACGCGCACCAAGAAAGGGCGAGAACUACGAGCUCAGCGUCGACCUCAACUCAGAGUACAGAGAAAAGAGAAAAGAUGCCAUUAAACGCGUCAUAGCAUCCAUGACUGUAGGAAAAGAUGUCAGCGGUCUCUUCCCCGACGUCCUCAAGAACAUGCAGACAGACGACCUCGAGCAGAAAAAGCUCGUCUACCUCUAUCUCAUGAACUACGCAAAGACACAGCCCGAGCUCGUCAUCCUCGCAGUCAACACCUUCGUCAAGGACUCAGAGGACCCCAACCCCCUCGUCCGCGCACUCGCCAUCCGCACCAUGGGCUGCCUCAGGGCAGAAAAGAUCAUCGACUACCUCUGCGAUCCCCUCAGGCGCGCCCUGUCCGACGACAACCCCUACGUCCGCAAGACCGCUGCCCUCUGCGUCGCCAAGCUCUACGAUCUCAAGCCCGAGCUCGCGAUCGAGAACGGCUUCCUCGAGCAGCUGCACGAGAUGAUCGGCGACAGCAACCCCAUGGUCGUCGCCAACACCGUCGCCGCCCUCACCGAUAUCAACGCCGCUGCGACCGCCCACCAGAUCCCGCCCGACGACCCCGCCCACUUCGACAUCACCUCCGCCGUCCUCACCAAGCUCCUCAUCGCCCUCAACGAGUGCUCCGAGUGGGGCCGCGUCGCCAUCCUCAACGCCCUCGCACGCUACACCGCCCAGGAUGACAAGGAGUCAGAGCACAUCUGCGAGCGCGUCGUCCCGCAGUUCCAGCACGUCAACGGCGCCGUCGUCCUCGCCGCGAUGAAGGUCGUCAUGAUCCACAUGCGCGCCGUGCACCGCGAGGACCUCGUCAAGCAGCUCGUGCGCAAGAUGGCGCCGCCGCUCGUGACGCUGCUCAGCUCCCCGCCCGAGGUGCAGUGGGUCGCGCUCAAGAACAUCAACUUGCUGCUGCAGAAGCGCGCGGAUCUGCUCACGAGCGAGAUGCGCGUGUUUUUCUGCAAGUACAACGAUCCGCUGUACGUCAAGGUCGAGAAGCUGGACAUCAUGGUGCGCCUCGCGAACGACAACAACGUCGAUGCGCUGUUGAGCGAGCUGAAGGAGUACGCGUCCGAGGUCGACGUCGACUUUGUGCGCAAGAGCAUCAAGGCGAUCGGGCAGACCGCUAUCCAGAUCGAGUCAGCCGCCGAGCGCUGCGUCAACGUCCUCCUCGAGCUCAUCGACACGCGCGUCAGCUACGUCGUCCAGGAGGCCGUCGUCGUCAUGAAGGACAUAUUCCGCAAGUACCCGUCGACGUACGAGGGCGUGAUCCCGACGCUGUGCGCGAACCUCGACGAACUCGACGAGCCCGAGGCGAAGGCGUCGCUCAUCUGGAUCAUCGGCGAGUACGCGGAGAAGAUCGAGAAUGCGGACGAGCUGCUCGGUGUGUUUGUCGAUACGUUCACGGAGGAGUCGUAUCAGGUGCAGCUGCAGACCCUCACGGCGGUCGUCAAGCUCUUCCUCAAGAAGCCGGACUCGUCGCAGGGCAUUGUCCAGCGUGUGCUCACGACCGCGACCAAGGACUGCGACUCGCCGGACGUGAGAGACCGCGCGUACAUCUACUGGCGGCUGCUUUCCACUGACCCUGGCGCUGCCAAGGCGGUAGUGCUCGCGCACCGCCCGCCAAUAUCGGUCCCGCAGACGACGGUGUCGCCCGCGCUGCUCGAGGAGCUGCUCGGCGACCUGUCGAGCCUCGCGAGCGUGUACCACAAACCCGCGGAGACGUUUAUCGGGCACGGGCGGGUCGGCGCGGAUUCGCUGCAGCGGAAGGCUACCGAAGUGGACGACCGCGCCGCCGCGCAGCGCGCGCUGCAGACCGUCGCGGCCGGCCAGCAAGCCGAGAACCUGCUCGACUUCGACGACGAGCCAGCGCAAGCCGCCAACGGCGAUUCCUCAUUGUUAUCGUCAUCGUCAUCAUCAGGGCUCGCGGCGACGCAGAUUCUCCCGCACACGCCAGCGGCUGCGAACCUCCUCGCGGGGACAUCGGCGAACCCGCUCGACGAUCUGGUGUCGAUAUUUGGCGGGAUGAAUGCCGGAGCUGGGUUUGGAUCUGGUUCUGGUUCUGGGGGAGGAGGGGCAGGGAGGGGGAGCGCGAGUGCGGAUGGGAUUAUGGGCGGGUUGGGGUCGCCUGGGGUGCUGUCGCCUACGCAUACGGGCGUGACGAGUCCGUCGGCAGGGACGAUGUCACCGACGGGAACGGGGGCGGGGCCGGGGGCGCAGAAGCCGCAGGACGAUUUGUUGGGUCUGUUUUGAGCGUUGGGGCUGGCGGUGGGUGGGGCGGGUGUACUUAGAUGGGGAUGCACAUGGGAUAGGAGGGGAUGUGGAUUUCAUGUUGUUUGCUGUACGCUUUACACGAUUUUCUUUCGAAUAAUUUUAAUGGUCAUGAUACUUCUCGUCCAUGAGGGAUUAAGGCGAGCCAUCCUGCCUUGGCUUGUCGCUGUAUAGCAUACCAGACGCUAAAUAGGAUGUUCAAAAGGUACGAAAGAGUUAUAAGAGAAUUAUUGUCGAAUGUCUCAUCCUUUGGGAUCUGACUCGCCACCGCCGUCGUCCUCGACACCGACAUUCUCAACAUAUUUCUGAGUGUUCUCUUCCGCUGUGCCCUCCCAUCUCAUGGUCUCCGUCUGCCAUGCCUUCCAACUGGGCAUCGUCCGCUGGGUCGACAUCAAUUGGCCGAUCAGCUCAGGCGAAGGCGCAGAAAGGAAGAGUUGAGGACCAGACUCAGGAGCAGUAUCGGGUGACGGUGAAUAUCUAUUUGCAGACAGUGCGUGAAGCCCCUGGUGAGGUCCGGAAGGCUGCGGCGGGGCCUCUCGCUUGAACGUGAACGAUUCUCCUCCGUCUUCCGCCUCGUUCACCACACCGGAAGUGAGCAUCCACUCCUGCCAAUGUCCGGAUAUCGGGACAGCGGGCGAUGGUUGCAGAAAGUUCUUCCCGCGGACCAUGUAUUCGUGGACGAGCAGCAGAAGAGGGAGCGGUGAGCGCUUGUCUUUUGGGUCGAGUGCGACGGCUUUGCCGUGGAACUGCUCAUCGGAGAAAGCACCGUAGCUAUCGAAGUGAACGAAGAUAUACUUCCCAAGCUUAGGCUCAUAGCGAAUGAAGAAUAUCAACGCAUCGAAUGCUAUGUGAUGAUUCGGACACAUUGUCAACCCGUUACGGGGUUCAUGUUCAGGCGACGCUUUGGCACCCGCUGGAAUCCAUCCUACCGGUUGGAGAUGAGCCCACUCUCUGAGAUUCGAGCGAGGAACAAUAUAGCAAUGUUGCAGCGAUGAGCCGUGCCCGCAGACUAUACAUAACUUUUCCCCAAGGAACUGAUCGCGCUCAUCUAGGCCUGUAUUGAAUGCUGUAGUGUCAGAGCGUCCCGACUCUGUCUCAACGGGACGAGCAAGUUCUGCGGGCGGCGAUGAUGCGGUAUAGGGAAGAGGAUAGGAGGUAAGGUGAGACAUGGCGACGAGCGAAAGCAGCUUGUUUUGCU